AUGCCAGAAUCUCGUUUACUAAACAUACCUUUACUUGUUUUUGGGUAUCGAAACUGUGCAGCGGUUAAUAUUCACAAUAAUCUGAACAUUUCCUUCGGAGGAAAACAUGCUGCCUUGGUUACUAAUACUGGUCAAGGCGAAGUGUUCUGCUGGGGACAUGAGAAAGGAGGAAGACUGGGACACAAAGUUAAUAUGGAUGUGUUUCAUCCUAAGAUUGUUGAAACUCUACAUGGGGUUAAUAAAGAAUCUGUUGCUUGCGGUGAACAUCAUGCUUGUGCUCUGACGAAUGCUGGUGAACUUUAUACGUGGGCCGUGAACUGUGUUGGUGGUGAUAUUUUAGAUAAUAUGGGAACCAUUUUCCGCAAUAGGAAUAAGUGGUGGCAACAUAAAAUAUUUGGUCCUUUGGAUGGUAUAUAUGUGUCAAGUGUUACGUGUGGGGAAUGGCAUACGGCAAUAAUAAGCUCUUCGGAUCAGUUAUUUGCUUACGGAGAAGGAACAUUCGGCGUGCUGGGGCAUGGAAAUAUUCUAAGUGUUUCAAAGCCUAAAGAACUUGAAUCUCUAAAAGGAUUACGGGUUAAAUCUGUUGCAUGUGGAUCAUGGCAUACAACAACAGUUGUUGAUAUCAUGUUUGAUGCUCCGAAACCAAAUGCUCUUGCCGGAAAGUUGUUUACAUGGGGAUAUGGGGAUAAAGGAAAACUAGGACAUUUGGAUUGCACAAAAAUGUGUCUAUCACCAACUUGUGUAGCAAGAUUUAUGCAUUAUGAUUUUGUUCAAGUAUCGUGUGGUAGGAUGCUCACUGUUGGAUUGAUGAAUUCACGUAAAGUUUGUACGAUGGGAGCUGCAUCAUAUGGGAAACUUGGGAAUCCACAAGCUAAGAAUAAUUCAAUAACAAUUGUGGAAGGCAAGCUUAAAGGAGAAUUUGUUAAGGGUAUUUCGUCCGGAUCCUAUCAUAUUGCUGUUUUGACAUCAAGAGGAGAAGUUUUUACAUGGGGUAAAGGUGCAAAUGGACGAUUAGGGUUGGGAGAUACUGAAGAUAGAAACUCUCCAACUCCAGUGGAAGCCUUGAGACAGAGACAAGUAGAGAGUGUAAUUUGUGGGUCUAAUUUUACAGCUGCAAUCUGUCAACAUAAAUCUAUUUUCUCUACUCAUCAAUCUAGUUGUAGUCUGUGUAGCAUGGUUUUCGGGUUCACCAGGAAUAAGCAUAACUGUUACAAUUGCGGGUUAGCGUACUGUAAUGCAUGUAGGAAUAAGACGGUUAUUAAUGCAUCAUUGGCACCGAUUAAAAACAAGCUUCAUCGUGUAUGCAAUUCAUGUUACAGUAAACUAACCAAGUCGGUAAACUCAGAGAGGUUAAUACACCGUGAAAAAGAUAGGAGACAAUCAACUUCGACAAAUGCUUCUUCACACAAAGUAUCUGGGGACGAAGAAACUAAACUCAUUCAAGAACAAGGCACUAGGAAGCAGCGAUGGAUAAAUCAGCAGCUUCUUCAACCGGAGUUGCCUGUGUCAAAUGAAUUACCAAGGUGGGGCCAUGUUUCAUGCCCUACAUUCUUUCGGACAUACAACAAUCACCGUUCUCCGACAUACAGUAAUCUAUAUAGUGCAAUCCUGAUGAAACCAAAUUGA